GCGGUCCGUCCACAGCAACUGCGUGUGCGAGUCUAUGGCGAUCAGUUGCUCAUCGAUCGCCGCCCAAAACGGGCUACCGUCGCACACCAAGCUAUAUAACGUUGUAACAAUAAUACUAUUAUUGUCCAUCAACAACAACGCGGUAUUCGAAUAAAUAGCAAACACGCGCAAUAGUAGUUUAAUUAUAAGUUCCAACGCAGACCGUUUUGGAAUAAUAACGCACACUCGAAAGUACACAGCUUUCAGCAAAACCCAUGUAUCGGCUGCAAAGAUUCGCCGUUCCGGCCGCCUCGGCUAAACGCCUUUUGAGCGAGCAAAUAAGAUGUUCAUCUUCGUUGUUUCCCGGUGAAUAUGCUGCUCCAACCGUCACGACAGCCGUACCUGGACCAAAAUCAAAAAAGCUCUUUGAGGAGCUUUCAGACAUGCAGCAAGCAGGUUCGGUUCAACUUUUUGCAGACUACAACAAAUCUCUUGGAAACUUUAUAGUGGACGUCGACGGAAACGUUCUUCUGGACGCUUACACACAAAUAUCGUCAAUGCCGUUAGGCUAUAACCAUCCCGACAUGUUGAAAGUAUUUGAAAGCGAUGAAAACAAAAGGGCUAUCGUUAAUCGACCUGCAUUGGGUGUAUUUCCGGGAGCGGACUGGCCAGCAAAACUGCGUAGCACGUUAAUGAGUGUCGCUCCGAAAGGCAUGCCCGGUUUGACCACGAUGAUGUGCGGAUCCUGUUCCAAUGAGAACGCCUACAAGAACAUGUUUUUGAAGUACCAGAGGGACAAAAGAGGAGGAACGUCCAACUUCACCGAGCUGGAAAAGGAGUCGUGCAUGAUUAACUUGGCACCCGGCUCGCCGAACCUGUCGAUAUUGUCGUUCAAAGGGUCGUUCCACGGUCGUACCUUGGGAGUUUUAUCCACCACUCAUUCCAAGUACAUCCACAAGAUAGAUGUGCCGGCUUUCGACUGGCCGAUUGCCAGUUUCCCGGAGUACAAGUAUCCGUUGCACGAAAACCUCAGGGAAAACGAGGCCGAAGACGAACGGUGUUUGGCCGAAGUAGAGGAGCUGAUCGAAAAAUGGGAGAAGAAAGGCAACCCCGUGGCCGGCAUUGUCGUGGAACCUAUCCAAGCCGAAGGCGGUGACAAUCACGCUUCACCGUAUUUCUUCCAAAAGCUUCAGAAAAUCGCCAAGAAAUACAACGCGGGUUAUUUGAUCGACGAAGUACAAACUGGAGGAGGACCGACCGGCAAGAUGUGGUGUCACGAACAUUUCGACUUAGACACGUCGCCGGACAUCGUGACUUUCAGUAAGAAAAUGCAGACCGGCGGAUACUACCUGAAGACCGAAUUCUUGCCCGACUUACCGUAUCGCGUGUUCAACACCUGGAUGGGAGAUCCGACCAAAAUAGUAUUGCUGGAGGCCAUCUUGAACGUAAUCAAAAGAGACAACCUGCUGUCAGUGGUGGAGAAAUCGGGUGACGUGCUCAUGUCCAAUCUGAGAGACUUGGAAGCAGAGUUCCCAGCGUUCAUCAACUCUACCAGAGGACGCGGCACGUUCAUAUCGUUUGACGCCGCCGACAGCAAACUCCGGGACGACAUCGUCAACAGACUCAAAAACAAAGGAGUCCAAACCGGAGGAUGUGGUGACAUCGGUAUUAGAAUGCGACCGGCGUUGAUCUUCCAGCCUCAACACGCUCACAUGUUUAUCGAUAGACUUCGACAAGUAUUGAGCGAGACAAAAUAAGUCUCGUCUUUAAGACUGUAGUCACAGUUCUUAUUAUCUUUAUUUUUUAGUUGUUAAUUUAAUUUUUUUGAUACUCGUAUUAUCGUAAUGUCUUCCAAACGUUCCAAUGUCUUCCAAAAGAUAAAAAUAAAAAUGUCUUCCACUUACCUUAUACAAAGCUGUAUUCUACCGAUCAAUGUUGGUAUGUACCAUUACCUACUAAAUAAUAUUACAUGUAUGAGUUCCGACAGUUUUUACAUGUAAUAAAUAAUAAUAUAAAUACAAAACAAUAAUGUGUUCCUUCAAUAGGGACAGCUAAUAUUAUAGUCUGUGUUUAAAUAAAUAAAUAAAUAUUAAUUAUACAUCUA